GUUUAGAAACUCGCUUGUUUAUUAGAAAACUGGUCCUUGUAGAAACUGCGUGGACUCUUGUCAUACCUCUGCUAUUCUUCAAAUAUUGUGAAAAGAAUCAUGCGUGCGAAAUUAUCUUCGAUUUUGCUCACAUUAGUGACUGUCCUGGUUUAUCAGAUAUGUGCUUGUUUUGGGGCAUGCACAAGAAGAGGAGUGGAAUGCAUUGAAUAUCAAAUAGUCAGUCGUCAUCAGGGAUACGAAGAGAGACAGUAUCCGGCCACUACGUGGAUCAGCACGACCGAGGAAGGUCCUUCCCUGACGGAAGCUAACAGGAUCAUGUACAGGAGACUCUUCUCUUACAUCCAAGGAAAUAAUGCGAAAGGUAUGAGGGUGAAUACCACGACUCCUAUUCGUACAAGGAUUGUGCCAUGUCAUGGAGCAACAUGUGCUACUAUGUUUAUUAUGUCAUUCUUAAUUCCUUCGGAAAUGCAAGACAGUACACCAUAUCCUCUAGAUACUGAGCUCUUCAUUGAGAAAGAUCCGCCUGUUCGUUACGUUGUCAGGAUAUUCGAGGGAAGACCGACAGAAGCUGAUUGGUUAGAAGAAUCUCACACUUUGGCUCAGCUGGUCAAGAAGGAUCCCAGCGUGGACAAAAGUUAUUACUACACCGCAUGGUACGAUCCUCCGUAUCAACUCUUCCACAGAAUCAAUGAAAUUUGGAUGGUAAAGAAAACUGAAAAGCAACAACCCAGUCCAAAUGCAGGUAACGAAGUCCUGAGCAAUGAAAGUAAAGAGCACAAAGAAUCGAAUUGAAUCGUUAUAUUGUUACCUACAGUUUGAUGAUUUUGUAAAAUUAAUCUAUUCUGCAGAAAUCAGCAGCAAUUUUUUUUAUUUAUCUUCUAAAAUCUUUUAGCAACUGCAUGAAAAGUCACUUAUAUAUAGUUUUAGGAAAAAAAAAAAAAAAAAAAAAAAAAAGAGAUUUUUACAAUUGCUUUGGUGCAAAAGUUUUGCAGCACUAAAAUUUGGAUAUUCUGCUUCCCUGUUAAAGCUUGACGGAUAUGAGGUUUAAACUCGCUUUUGAAAGGUCUUCCCAUGCUUUACUAAAAA